UUCAAGAUACCAACGAAAUGUAUCUGGCGGAAGAUAGCGUUGCGGUGUAGCAUAAUUAUCAAUUUCAAAUUGUUCGAAAUCUUUAUCUAUAUUCUCAUUGAUCGGACCACAGCCAGGCGAAGGGUUGUUUUACACAUUCGUCCAUCUCCUUGACGAUGGCUCCAACAAUCCAAACGCAAGCUCAACGCGAACGCGAAGAUGGCCAUAGCAGGGCUUCAUCUCACAGGACCGUCCCAGAGAGGUCUGGCGUUGUGUGUCGGGUGAAGUACUGCAAUAGUCUUCCAGACAUACCCUUCGACCCAAAGUUCAUCACUUACCCAUUUGACCAGCACAGAUUCGUCCAGUACAAGGCCACCUCACUCGAGAAACAACACAAGCAUGACCUCUUGACCGAACCUGACCUGGGGGUCACAAUUGACCUCAUCAACCCCGACACCUACCGUGUAGAUCCCAACAUUAUGCUCGACCCAGCGGAUGAAAAGCUGCUAGAGGAGGACAUCCAGGCACCUACCAGCUCCAAAAGAUCCCAGCAGCACGCCAAGGUUGUGCCGUGGAUGAGAAAGACAGAGUACAUCUCCACAGAGUUCAACAGAUACGGUGUUUCCAAUGAGAAAGUGGAGGUCAAGAUCGGUGUCUCCGUCAAGCAGCAGUUCACAGAGGAAGAGAUCUACAAAGACAGAGACAGUCAGAUCGCGGCCAUUGAAAAAACAUUUGAGGAUGCCCAGAAGACCGUCACCCAGCAUUACAGCAAACCCAGGGUCACACCAGUGGAAGUGCUGGAAGUCUUCCCUGACUUUAAGAUGUGGAUAAACCCAUGUGCUCAGGUCAUCUUCGACUCGGACCCUGCUCCCAAAGAUAUGUCUGCUCCUGCAGGUGUGGAAUUUAUGUCUCAGGCCAUGAUCAGAGGUAUGAUGGACGAGGAAGGAAACCAGUUUGUGGCAUACUUCCUGCCACAAGAAGACACCUUACGCAAGCGCAAGAGAGACUUCGAAGAGGAGAUCGACUACAUGCCGGAAGAAUUGUACGAGUACAAGAUUGCGCGAGAGUACAACUGGAACGUCAAGAACAAGGCCAGCAAGGGUUACGAGGAAAACUACUUCUUCAUCUUCAGGGAUGGAGAUGGUGUAUACUACAACGAACUGGAGACCAGAGUGCGUCUGAGCAAGAGAAGAGCCAAGGCUGGAGCCCAGUCCACCACCAACGCUGUGCUGGUGUGCAAGCACAGGGACAUGAACGAGAAGGAGCUGGAGGCCCAGGAAGCCCGCAAGGCUCAGCUGGAGAACCACGAGCCCGAGGAUGAAGAGGAGGACAUCGCCAAGGACUCUGGCGACGACAAAGAGAAGGGCAGCGAGAGCGAGAACUCUGACAGCGACUCCGAGCACGGUGAAGGAGACGAGGAAGAGCGUCCGGAGCGCGCCGAGGGAGAAGAGGAGGAGGAGGACGAGGAGGGCAAGGAACAGCCGCAGCGCAAAAAACGCAGGACCAGCGGCAGCGGCAGCGAGAGCGGCGAGGACCGGGCCAGGGAGACGCGCGCCGACGAGGAGGAGAUCUUCGGCAGCGAUGACGACAGCGACGACGAUGAGGAGGGCGGCGGCGGCGGAGCGAGUGGCAAGGGCAGCGCAGGCGGCCGCAGCAGCGGGAGCGAGGAGGACGAUGACGGGGGACGCAGCAGCAGGGCCCGCAGCAGGAGCCGGAGCCGCAGCAGGAGCCGUAGCAGGAGCGCCACCCCCAUCCGCAGCAGCAGCGACCACUCUGACGCCGGGCAGCACAGCGGCAGCGAGCGGGCCUCCGAUUCCAGCGACGCCAGCGACAGCGAGUAAAGAGGGAGGGGGAUUUCAGCACGAGCGCACAUUGACAUGCGCACUCGCAUACAAGGAGAGGAUUUGUGCAAACCCAGACCACACACUCACACACACACACACUUACUCGCAUACAAGCACUCAUGCAAACCCAUACCACACACAAGCAUUCAUAUAUUCACACCCAUACAAAUGCGCAAGCAUUCUUACACAAGCAAUCAUACAUAUACUAAUACAUACACAUGCAAGCAUUCAUACAUGACACAGCACAGCUCUACUUCACAUUACACACUCACACACUCACACUCAUACACUCAUUCAUGCACACUUGUAUAUGGACACACACAUACACACUUGUAUAUGGACAUACACGCAAGCACUCAUCGGCAGUCAUUUACUAUUGUACACGCCUUUGCAUACAAAAUAUACACACAACCAUCUGCAAUUGCUGCUCUAGUUUUUAGUAUGCGUUGCUGAAUGGCUGCGCUGGUGAACUGAGGCCGAGGGUGAGAGAAAGUGCUUCAAACAGCUGCCAAAUCUGUGGUAUGCACUGUGCCGGUUACAUCCAGGUGAGCCUUUGUGCAGGUGUAUAAAUACAGCCUCUGUCAAGAAAUUAACUUGAUUUUCUUGCCAUUUCUUUUCUUUGGUAAAAUCUCCCCUUCUUCUACUCGCAUGCAUUAUCCCAGAAGUCAGGUUGGCUCUCCUUUUUACUAGGGUGACGAUGCCAAAUCAAAUGUGUCACCAUGAACACAAUGUGCACAUUUUCAAUAAUAGCCCUGUCUUUUGUUUGUGGCUAAAUAACAUAAUAUUUUAAGUGGAUUCGUACAUCUUUUCCGUCAUUGAGUUUAGAUGGUCAGGGUCAUUUUUUUCUGUCUUUGAUUACUCGAUAAUUGGAUGUGAUUGAACUGUGGAGUCACUGGGAAAAGAGAUUUCUCUUUUAGUUGUUUUUUUGUCGGUAUACUUUUUUUUGUAGUAGGUCCAAUUACGUUACACCAUGUGGACAAUGUAAAUAAAUAUACAACUUUUUUAA